CACACACUCACACACACGAACACACGCAGAGGUGACAGGCACACACACACUCACACACACUCACAUUCACACGCGGUGCCACUGAACGCGUGCAUCGAAUCAUUAUCGUUCACCCCACGGAGCUGUGACUUGGGCUAACAACGAUUUCCUGUCCUCCAUUCGUAAAGGAAUGGCCGCGAUUUCUACUCUUGGAACAACAAAAGCAACAACAAUAGUAAUACUAUUAUUAAUUGGAACGGUGUUCGCUGACAGCGCGGGGGUUGGGGAUGGCUCGGAGUCCGGAGUGCAGCGCCAAGGAAGAACACCACGUGAAUUUGUCGUCGUCACCCCAGAGAAAAUGAAUGCCGUAGUAGGCAGAAAGAUUCUCCUGCCCUGCUCUUACACCUGUACAAUCAGCGGUGUUACCCACACGCUGGUGGAGUGGUUCAGAAGGGAUGGACGUGAAGAAGAGAGGAUUUAUCUAUUCCCCAAUGGAAAUAGCAGCAGCGGGCCUUUACAGGCGUCCUGGAUGGGUGAUGUGUCCAAGUGCAACGCCUCCAUCACCGUCAGUGACAUCAAGACCCACGACUCUGGGAAAUAUCGCUGUGAGGUCACGGUCUAUCCACAAAACAUCCACGACAUUGGGUAUCUACAGCUGAAUGUCAACAGUCCAUCAGAUCUGGUGGUUGUGACCCCAGAUAAAAUGAACGCCAUGGCAGGCACUACAUUUCUGCUGCCCUGCGUCUACACCUGUACAAUCAGCGGUGUUACCCACACGCUGGUGGAGUGGUUCAGGAUCAUAGACGGGCGAGAAGAGAGGAUUUAUCUAUUCCCCAAUGGAAAUAGCAGCGGCGGGCCUUUACAGGCGUCCUGGAUGGGUGAUGUGUCCAAGUGCAACGCCUCCAUCACCGUCAGUGACAUCAAGACCCACGACUCUGGGAAAUAUCGCUGUGAGGUCACGGUCUAUCCACAAAACAUCCACGACAUUGGGUAUCUACAGCUGAAUGUCAACAGUCCAUCAGACCUGGCCGUUGUCACCCCGGAUGCAAAGGAUGCCACAGCAGGCAGCACGGCUCUCCUGUCCUGCUCUUACACCUGCAACAUCACGGGUAUUAGACACACGCUGGUGGAGUGGUUCAGGACCAUAGACGGACAAGAUGAGAAGGUUUAUAAGAUCAUAUACAGAAAGAGAAGCCUCAGGCCGAUGCAGGUGACUUGGGUGGGUGAUGAGUCCACGUGUAACGCCUCCAUCACCAUCAGCGACAUCCAGACCCACGACGCUGGACGAUAUCGCUGUGAGGUCACGAUUUAUCGAUACGACAAGUCAAGCACGGAAGACAUUGGGUAUCUGCAGCUGAACGUUCACAAUGAACCAGAACCGACAGACGCAACACUGACGCCAACCUCAAUCCCAGCUCCAACCCCAGCUCCAUCAACUGUAGCUGGCAUCGUGGUUGGAGUCAUUGCUGCUCUGGGUGCUGUUGCUGCAGUUGUUAUUUACUGCCGGAAGAAGAGACCACGUCUCUCACACUGCACGAGAUGGACAAGGACGAGACCACGUGAGCCAAGAGAAUCAGAAGCCCCGGCUCAAGAAAUGCAGCCAAUGAACCCAGUUGGAGAAGAUGCAGGAGCAGGUGAGAGUGACAGAGGUCAAGUUGCACCGGCAGAGGAAGGAGAUGAGCCAAACGAUGAAGAAGGAGAACGUGAGACCUCAACUUAGAGAAGCCAGAAGUCCAGCCAACCAGUCUCAAACCACCUUAGCAAAUGCAGCAACUUGUACCAAUCAACUCACCACUUAACCAAUCAACUCACCACUGCUAGAAACUGACCCUCAGAGUCCAUGAUCAAGACGCCGGCAAUGUAGCGACGUGCAGUUGAAACGCAAUGCCUCGUGAGGUUAACGUAAAGAUACCAAAGUCCUGGUUAGGUCUGGACCGUCUGAAAAUGUAGAUGUAGAACGGGAGGCCUCAACAGUGUGGGCGUGGUUAUAGAAAUGUGGGCGUUGCUAGUGGUGGAGGGAGGGGCAACCAGCUGACCACGUGUCACUGUUGAGCCUCCCAGACACGUGGUAGCUUUACGUUCAUUUUGCAACGUGCACUGUCGUGCUGCCUCACAAGUGACUGGCAUAGAGACCUCGAAUAUUUACACAGAGACCCACAGAUUCACAAAGUGACCAACAUAUUCGCAUGGACACCAUAGAUUCACGUAGAGAUAUAUUCACAAAGAGACCCAAAAGCUCACAUAAAGACCCACUUAUGGACACAGAGGCACAUAAAUUCAGACAGAGACCCAACCACUCACACAUAAAGCCAAUGGCUCAUAUAGUGACCCAUACAUGAAAAUAUAGACCAGUAUACUUUAUAGAAACCCAUAGACUUAGAUAGACACAUGGUUGUGAUUAAACUGGGCUCUCAAAUGCCGUGAGUUUGAUGGUCUCAGCCCGGUCACCAAUGACUGCACAAAACAAAACCCAUCGCGUAAAUUUCUCCCAUCGUACCUCAUUUGUCUGAUAAUUAAAACGUCUGCUUGGCUGCCACGUGACAACGUCUCAAGGUGAGUCGUGCGAGGCGUUGCGAGCCCAGCUGUGCGGAGGCUAUGAAGGGAACGCGAAUGAUUCUCACGACAGUCCAGUCCCUUGCACAGCCAUUUGUUUCACACACCGGGGUCACACCGCUCUGCAACAUUUACAAGUGGAUUCCUUGAAUUAUAUACUGUUAAAAAAGUGUAUUUUUAUAUUCGAGUACAGCAAACUCUUCCCUCUCGCGGGUUUAGCUAUCGCGGUUUUGCAGUUUCGUGCCAAGGCUAUUGAGGUACAGAGUUCGCCGAUCGUGCCCCUGUGGCUGGACCAUUCGCGGUUGAUCACGAGAUUUCUGUACGCAUCGAGCACUGCUCACGAUGAUGCUGCUGCUGCUGCCGGGGAAGAACACACACAGUGCCAUCUUGUCUCAGUCUUGUCUCCGUCUUGUCUCCAUCUUGUCUCCGUCUUGUCUCUAUCUUGUCUCCCGUCUCUUCUCUCAAGCGGCCCAUUGGGGGUCCCGGGUCACGUGGUGUUUCCAGCCUCGAGUGAGGAGGCAGUGAGAUUCAGCCGCCCGCCAUUUUUCUUUCUAUCGUGCGUUAGGAACCGUGAACCAACCCCCAUUAUCCCCAUUUGCCUUCGAGUUUGGGGAAGGCGAAUUUUUCGAUUGCAGCUUUUUACCAAGAACAUAACCCCGGCGAUGGGCAAGAGUUUGCUGUAGACUACAUGCUAAAUCAAUGCACCUGUAUUUUAUUUUUGCAAGGCAUAAUGCACUUUUAUAUAUUUUGUAUGCACAAAUUUAAUAUAUAUUGAAUUUGAUUCGAAAAUAUGUAUUACUCAGCGAAUUAUUGACCUCUUCUAUUAACAUUGCGAGUAGAGGCCAUGUACGAGUAUAUAUUUAAAAUCGUAACGAGUAUUACUCUGGAAAAAUCUUGAUAACCCACACGCCUCCGUACAUGUUUUUCAGCAAAACCCGACAACGUAGCACCCAAAGCCAACACAACGAUGCUGAGUUGUUUGGGGUUUAAUGGCAAGAAUGUUGACACAGAGCCCAGAAACAAACACGGGUCAUUGUGAUGGCGACAGUGACGACUGACCUCUAUUGGCUGGAAAUGCAGGCAUACAACUGAGAGCAACUUUGUUUACCAAGAAGGCAUCUUGAGCGCUAUACGAGGUUUGCCUGUAUACAGCAGUCCCUCGGUUAACAGUGGCGUCUGUUAAUGGUUGUUCGGUUAACGUUUUGCCUCCCAUAGGACCACAUGGUUUCUACUAAUGUUAACAUUGUGAUUAUCAGAACGUUUACGUUACGCAUGCAAGGCGCUAAUUUCGGCCAAUCUGAGUGCUCUUAAAUGGGCAGAGCCAUGCCCUCAGCCAAUCAACGACGUGCCUUUAUGAGCGUUUAGACCUCGACUGGCUUUGUUUAAAUUAUCACGUGUGCUGUUUUGGCAGUGGAAACAGCUCUUUUGCAGACUAAGUGAUUUUGACUUAUAUUUAAACUCACGAGUGAGUUCUAUUAACAGUUAUUUUAGUAAACAGAAGUUUUUGUUGAUCGGGACAAAAUGUUAACCAAAGGACUACUUUAUAUAUAUAUACCCCAAGGGAUGAGGUUGUUCAUGCUUGGAUAUGUAAGCGGUGGGUGUUGUUGACCUGUGUGUAACAGUGUGCAGAAAUGAUUUCAUUUAAGGUAAUCAUUCGAAAAUUGAAACGAAAUGUAUAAUCACAACCUAAAGACUUGUCUGUACACAGUAUUUUUCAUAUACACUCCAUCUUCUGCACAAAAUGGGUCUUCAGUGAACGCAGUGGCAUUUGAAUCUUGACGUAACGCUUGACAAUGCCACGUAUGAUUGUCCAUGAGCGAAAAAAACUGGCUGCGGCAAAUACAAUCUGAAAUGAUGAACGGACUGUCCUUGAGCUUUGUUGAUGAUCAUUGCAAGUGCAACUUGAACAGGGGACUAAUUAGAUUCGUCCGAGUUGGGACGGAGCAGUUGAUUCGUUACCUGAUCAUUGUAAUGCGAGGAAUUAAAACUCUUUUCCCAUGAAGAGAGCCGGUCAUCAUCAUCGCAUCGAUGCAAUUUCUUGCCAAUGGGCAGAUUUGAAAAUCUCGUUCCAUUGCAGAUACCUUGUUCUCCAAGGAUAUUUCGAAUCAACAUGAUUGGCACUCCAACUUUCAAACGUAGCUUGUGAGGGGGCAUUAGAGUGAGUGUGAACGUGUUCACAAACCCGUGAGGGUAAAGCCACUGCUGGAUAUCAUGCACUAAACUACUCACUUGUAUAGGUAGAUGCGUCUGGGUGAUUUGUUUACCUUACUGGUAUUUGCACUAUUGUAUAUUUUGUGCCGUGAUUUUUUCAUGUUAAAUAAAAAAUUUGUAUACAGGUAUGCAAAUUUGUGAAAUUAUGCUGUUUCAUUCAGAUAUGCAAAUGUGGCAAACUUAAUAAAAUAAUGCCACGUGUAAUUAAUGUUAAUUGGUGCUCAUUGAGUGUCAGUGUAAUGUGAUCAAUCGUAUGUGUGAUUAAAUGUGCGUAAAAUAUUAAUUGAAAAUGUACGUGUAUGAUGUGUAUCAUCUAUGCGUGUGUGUGAGUGUAGGAGUAUUAUUAAUGUGUGUGUGUGUUUGUAUUAUGAUCAGUAAUUGUUGCCAUUUUCGUUGUCUAGCGGGUGUUUUGUUUGUGUAAUUGUGUGUGAUGUGGAUGCUUGGCUUCGUUGUCUAGGGGCGGAUUACCAAUCUUGAUAAUACGAUGAUUCUCUCUUAAAUAUUUCCGAUUAUGAUUUUAGUGUAAUUGUGGUGCCACCGCGGCGGAGCAGCUCCGUCGGGGGCCGUAUUCACCACCGUGACACCGCCACCGGGGAGUGACGACGCCGACAUGUAUACACACACGCACC